AUGAAGCCGCUCUCCUUGCAAGGACACACUCGUGCGUUGACUCGUGUUCGCAUCAACAAUGAUGGAGACUUGCUUUUCACGGCGUCCAAGGAUCAUUCGCCAACUGUGUGGUUCUUGGAGAAUGGGGAAAGAAUUGGAACGUAUGAAGGACAUACUGGUGUAAUCUGGGAUAUUGAUGUUUCCUGGGAUACUAGACACCUUGUCUCAUCUUCUGGUGACCCUUCAGUUCGAGUAAGUUCUUGAAAUUUUUGUUUUGUUUCGAUUUUUAGGUGAACAUAAUGUGUAACAUAAAGAAACGUCAAUUUGAGAAAACCUCCUUUUUCUUAAGAUGUAUUUUUAGGUAUGGGACGUCGAGACUGGAAAGCAGCUGAAUUACAUCAAGGUUCCGACCGUCGGUCGUUCCGUUUCACUCUCCUACAGCGGAAACCAAUUGGCCUUCACCACCAUCAAAGUGGCGUUGAAUCCCCCAUCGCUUUGCAUCGCCGACAUCCGAGACCCUAGUCACAUGGCCGGCGACAAUAUCGACAUUCAAUUGGACAGCGCCGGAGCCAACUGUUGCGCGUUUUCCCACAUGGACGACACUGUUGUUAUCGGUACCACUGGUGGAGUUCUUCAACAAUUCGAUCUGAGAAACCCCAGCGAUGCCAUCAACUUUUCGGUGGCUCAUUCCAGCACGAUUAAUGAUCUGCAAGUGUCGCGAGACGAGGGGCUAUUGGUGUCUUCGUCGAAUGACAGAACCGCCAAAUUGCAUGAUGCUAGAGAUCUCACAUUGUUGAAGACUUAUAAGUAAGUGUAUUGAAUUUUGGUUUGAAAUUGGUCUUUAGGCUCAUUAGUCUCCAAAAAUUUUGAUUUUUUGUUUGAAAGUCAAGCAAGGAAAGAAAAAAUUUUGCGUUCGUCUGCACAGUGCAAUUUUUUUAAAAAAAUCUGCGAUCUUGAUGGCCUGAUGGGAAUUUUGAGCUGUGAAAUUUUGAAAAUGCUCUUUAAUAGUCACAUUGAUGGUAUUCUAAAUUAAAUUUUAUAUUUUUAUGGUCCAAUUUACUGGAUUUUGAGAUUUUUUUGACAAGGAAUUGCACAGUGCAAGCCUUGGUUUUUUGACUUCGAUUUUGGUGGGUUAUUGAGAGUUUGGAGGUUUUAAAAAAGUUAAAACGAGUACGAAACAGCAUGUUAAAGAUAUUUUGACAGAAAAUUUUAUAUUUGAUAAUCAUCUUGACCAAAAUUUUGCAUUUUUCGAAAUUUUUGUUGCACUGUGCGGAUUUUUGUUUUUUGCACUGUGCGGAUUUUUGUUUUUUGCACUGUGCAGAUUAUUUUUUUUUGCACCGUGCAGAUUUUUAUUUUUUUGCACCGUGCAGGUUUUUAUUUUUUUUUGCACCGUGCAGAUUAUUUUUUUUUGCACGGUGCAGAUUUUUAUUUUUUUUUGCACGGUGCGGAUUUUUAUUUUUUUGCACCGUGCAGAUUUUUAUUUCUUUUUUUGCACUGUGCAGAUUAUUUUUUUUUGCACUGUGCAGAUUUUUAUUUUUUUUUGCACGGUGCGGAUUAUUUACUUUGCACUGUGCAGUUUUUAACUCGCAAUUUUUGUCAAAAAAUAGUGUAAUUCCGAGAUUAUCCCAUUGAUUUCAGGAGUGGCCGACCCGUCAACUCGUCCGCCAUCUCCCCCACCCACCCCUAUAUUGCGGUCGGAGGUGGAGAAGAGGCGAUGACCGUAACGCAGACCGCCGCCUCGGCCGGUCAAUUCGAAACCAAACUCUUCCACGCCGUCUACGAGAACGAAUUCGCCUAUUUCAAGGGGCAUUUCGGUCCCGUCAACACCUUGGCCUACGCGCCGAACGGAAAAGUUAUCGUCACCGGCUCCGAAGAUGGUUAUGUUCGAAUCCAGGAGCUCGACAAGGAAUACUUUGACUACGAUCCCGAUUACUGA